UUAUCAGUUUGGAGGGGCGUAGAAAGGAGGCCAUAUUGUACAGUUAAAUUGAAAGAACGAAAAUAAUUAUAUCAUCGUGCUUGUUUCGUUCCGAAUUUUUAUCGUACAUAUCUACGAAUUUGUUGUGAAUAAAGCAACAGUGUAUUGAAUCUGUUUUAAGGCUUUUAAGAUUUCUUUUUAUAAAUAACUAUAAGUUAUAGUGGUGUAUUUCGAUAUCUAGGUACCGUCCGUCAAUCUACUAAAGGGGUUUAUAGCUCCAGACGAGAUGGGCACUCGGGAUGAUGAAUACGAUUAUUUAUUUAAAGUUGUUCUUAUUGGUGAUUCUGGUGUAGGAAAAAGUAAUCUUUUAUCGAGAUUUACAAGAAAUGAAUUUAAUUUAGAAUCAAAAUCAACCAUAGGAGUUGAAUUUGCUACACGCAGUAUACAAGUAGAUGGAAAAACUAUAAAAGCUCAAAUUUGGGACACAGCAGGACAAGAACGUUAUCGUGCUAUUACAUCUGCGUACUAUCGUGGUGCAGUUGGAGCUCUAUUGGUAUAUGAUAUAGCAAAGCAUUUGACAUAUGAAAAUGUUGAAAGAUGGUUACGAGAAUUACGGGAUCAUGCUGAUCAAAACAUUGUCAUUAUGUUGGUGGGAAACAAGUCUGAUUUAAGGCAUCUACGUGCAGUUCCAACUGAUGAGGCAAAAGCAUUUGCAGAGAAAAAUGGUCUCUCUUUCAUUGAAACUUCUGCUUUAGAUUCUACGAAUGUUGAAACAGCAUUUCAAAAUAUAUUAACAGAAAUCUACAGAAUCGUAUCGCAGAAACAGAUACGUGAUCCACCUGAAGGUGAUACAAUCCGGCCACAGAAUGUAGAACCCAUUGACGUGAAACCGACAAUGAAUUCAGAAGGAAUGCGUAAGCAGUGCUGCCAGUGACUCAUCUUGUUGCUUAAAAUAAGGACAUACAAAGAGGCAGAAGCAAAAAGAAAAGUGGUCGCCGGUAAACGUAACAGGUGCAAACAGUACAAGAAUCAAGACUAUUUACAAAUAUAAGUACACAUAAUUAAAGGUUUCCCAAAUAAUCCGGCGUUCUAAAUACAGAAUAGACUGUUCUCUAAUUAUCGCUUGAAAUUGUCGUUGGAAACGAAUAAUAAUAGUAGUACUUAAAAAAAAAA